ACCGGUAACGCGAAUGUAGCCCUGGUGUAAGCAUUUACGGCCCAGUAUUUUUUUCCGGUUCGAAACUUAGUUUUUCAUUCUGAUCCAAGAUGGCGGCGUCUGAUGCGGGCCAAGAUGAAUGCUUGAUGAGCUAUGAGAAACUGGACAGGGCGUCCCCGGAUCUGUGGCCAGAACAAAUUCCUGGAGUUUCAGAGUUUGCUGCUAAAAGUCCAUUGUCCAGUCCCCAGCCUACAUGGAUGUCAGAGUUACAAUCAGAAGACAUUGGGCUUUUACAAGAGUUUGGUAGUCUUACAACAUCACAGCUGAUUGACAAGAUAAGGGGUCUACAGAAUCUGGCCUACCAACUGGGUCUAGAUGAAGCCAGGGAAAUGACACGUGGAAAAUUCCUCAACAUCCUACAAAAGCCAAACAACAAACACUGAGAUAGGAUUGUCAUCUAUGUAAAAACUUGUGUUCAACUUGUCAUUAUUUUGUGUAUUCCACCCUUCCUCAUGGUUGUACUGUGUGAUGUUAAAGAUGAAAGACGUUAAUCAGUGUAGACCAAUGCUGUCAUAUACCGAGAGAAGGAUGAUAGUUGUCCGUUUUACUGUGUAGUAGCUGUAAGUAAUGAGGACGGUUUAGCUGUGAUACACCGAUCAGAUGACGGGUAACUAGGUGUACAAUACCUCCUCAAAUAUGUUGUGUUCCAUCAUUUUGAGUGCAUGUCAUUUUACAUUUCAAUCAUUGUAUAUUUACCAUCUCACCAAUCUGUAACCAUUCUGAGAUUGCAGUGCAAUUUUAGAUGCAAAUUAUUAUUAAUAUCAUUGUAAUAAAAUAGUAAAUACACUACACUGGACUAAUUUUUCUAUUACAUGUAUUUCUGUGUCAGUUUAUAUAAUAAGUAUGUUAAUGAAAUCUGUUGUAUGAUUAAAUAUUGAUCUUUG